AUGCAUUUCUGUCUCAGUCUUAUCUUACUGAGCUUUGCAGUCAUCUCAGCUCUGACUGUCCAAGACCUCUAUGAAACACUUGGUGUCUCUCGGUCUGCUAAACAGAACGAAAUAAGGUCAGCCUAUCGUCGUCUGGCUAUGAAAUGGCAUCCAGACAAAAACCCAUCAGAAGAAGCUGAAAAAAAGUUCCUCGACAUAACUAAAGCCUAUGAGGUUCUCUCAAACCCAGAGAAAAGGAAAGAAUAUGACACUUUUGGCACAAUUGAUUCUAACGCCGCAAACUAUGAACGAAGAAAUCCAUUUUUCCAUCACGGUUUUGACGCGGAUAUGUUACAUGACGUGCUUGGAGACUUUUUCCAACCAUUCAGACAGUUCACUCGGGAAAAGAACAUUGUGGAGAUCAAUUUCCGUGCUUACCGACUGGGUCACCUUCCAGCCACCCGGACCACCCCAUUACUUCUGCUGGGCUAUUCACACUUCUGCUUUGCCUGUCAACGUGUUCGACCUCUGUGGUCGCGACUUGCCGAGGAGCUCACUCCACUCGGUGUGACUGUUUCUGUAGCCAACGUCCAGGAUGACCACGCCCUGCGCGAGGAGCUAAGACUGCUGCACGCACCGGGCAUAAUUGCUGUUAUCGAUAGUAAGGUCACCUACUUUGUGGGUACUCAUAUCACGCGCGAAUCUGUCCUUGACUUCUUCACGUCUGCCCUCUUGGAAUCCAGUCCUUCAAGAUCUGCACCAGCUCCGGGCAUUCUUAGCUCUAACCUCGGUGCUCCGCUCAUAACUUUGCUACAAGAUGGAAGCCAAUUUGCUCGGUUCCACGACGGAUGGCGAGAGGACAGUAGAGCGCGGGUAGUCUUCUUCAAACCCUCCCCUCGACCACCCUUGCGUUUCUGUGUGGCCGCCUUCCGCGCAGCUGACCAUCUCGCCGUAGCUUUUGUGAACACACAGUCAGAAGCGGGUCAGCUGCUGUCUCGCAAGUUGGAAACCAGAACCGGUCAGGUGGGGGCAGAAAAAUUCUGUUGA